UACGAAUCCUCCGCUAUAAGAGCGUGAGAACCACUCGCCUCUCUCCCUCUUCUCCAUCGAGUGUUUCUACUCCUCUCCUGCAGAGACUGCUUCGUUAUUUUCCCGGCAAAUCUCGUCCGAAAGAAAUCCAGAGAUGGCAUUGGAGAUUUUCUUUGCCGUGUUUGCCCUCUUCGCUUUCGUCUUCACCGGCGCCCGGUCCUUAGCUCCAGCUCCUGCUCCCACCAGUGACGGGACAUCGAUUGACCAAGGAAUAGCGUAUUUGCUAAUGGCGGUGGCAUUGGUGGUGACGUACCUCAUACACCCUCUGGAUGCGUCUUCCUCCCGCUUCUUCUGAAUCUCCAUCGCCCACCGUCUGAUUUCUCGGUAAUUUGUUAUUGGCUUUUCGUGGAUAUUACUAAUCCAGCUUCCAUUACAUCUGACUUGUUUCUGAUGUGUGCGUUUCCUGGGUUUUUGGUUCCGGAGAGACAGAGAGAUUGCUUUAUACAUUUUAUAUAUUGUAAAACCCUCGCCGUUUAUUUUCGUGUUAAUUAUUUUUCAUUGGUAAAA